AUAAUAAUACAUUUAUUUUGUAUAGCGCUUUAAUUCACUUUGCUGCCAAUUACUAGGACAUAAACUAAAACGUGUAAACUGACAUAUUGUGGCCCUUUAACUUCAAAGCUUGGUCAUCAUGUUUUAUCUGGUAAUCGUCUGGAAACCCUCAUCCCAACCGCGACUGUUGUGUUUAUUUGUUUAUACAUGUUGUUUAUGUGCACCGACCACAGUAAAUUGCCUGCACCUGAACGCAGCAUAUGGUUUUUGCAGUGACAUUGACAGCAGCAGUGAGCACGUGUACAACAAGUGCGCUCUCCCCAAAAAAGACUGAUGGAAGUACGGACAACAUUUUGAGCCUUCUGAUUAGUUGGCGAAUAAAAGGGGUGUGAUUUUUCUUAUCAUUUUCUGGCUGCAAGUUAUGCUCCGACACUUUCCUGCAGGAAGCAGCAUGGAGGCUAAAGUGCGCUCAGCAGUCUGAGGUGGUUUGCGGCUGCGGUCUGUGACAGGAGGAGUUGACCUCCUAGCUAACCAGCAAACCUCAAUUUACUCAGGGCCUCGUUGGCUAGCUCACUGAGGCAGUGUUGGAAGCAGGUAAAUACGUCAUAUUUAACUGUUGUCAUCCUGAAGCAGACUGUUCUCCAGACAGGCCGGGUUAAUUCACCCUGAAUCUGGAAAAUCAUGGACGUGUGCACUAAGCCUUUGUGCUACGAGCUGCUGGCAGAAGUAGGAGAAGGCUCUUACGGUAAAGUGUAUAAAGCCAGAGAGGUGGGGGGGAAACAGCGCCUCCUGGCGGUGAAGAAAUUCAACGUCCGCGAGGACUCGUGGGAGUCCGGGAUCCCUGCUUUCAUGAUCCGCGAGGUGUCGCUGCUGCGUAAAAUGAAGUUCUUCAACCAUCCCAACAUAGUCGAGUUGUUGGAUGCCUCUGCUGUGCCAGUGGGCAGGAGCUUGGACCUCACUCUGGUGCUGGAAUACAUUGACCAGGACCUGUCCACCUACCUCUCCAAGGCUCCUGCUUCUGGACUGAGCCGUGACUGUAUUAAGGAUGUGAUGCAGCAGCUGCUGCGAGGAUUGGACUUCCUGCACACAAACAUGGUGCUGCACCGUGACCUGAAACCAGAGAACAUUCUGGUCAGCAGCCGCGGAGAAGUCAAGAUUGCAGACUUUGGACUGGCGCGCAUCUACACCUUCAAUAUCGCUCUCACUCCAGGUGUGGUGACGCUGUGGUACAGAGCUCCCGAGGUGCUGCUGAACUCUGUUUACAUGUCCACAGUGGACAUGUGGAGCGCUGGCUGCAUCUUUGCUGAGCUCUUCCUCUUGAGACCACUGUUUAAGGGAUACACGGAGGUACAGCAGCUGCAAAAAAUCUUUGAUGUGACUGGUUUGCCCAGCGAAGAGGACUGGCCCAGGGACAGCCCGAUCUCAUACUCGGUCAGCUGGGGACCAAAGGGCUCCUGCACCAAGCUGCUGCACAACCUGGGCCCAGACGAGAACGACCUACUAUCUCAAUGUUUGGCAUUCAGACCGAGCCGUCGCAUCUCAGCUGCCAAAGCCCUGGCCCAUCCUUUCUUCAUGAAGCACUGAAGCUUUGGGAGAACAGAAACGUCCGCUCCUUCUGCUUCUCUACUGUCAGCUGUCCUAGCUAGUCUUGUGCCAUUAAUAUCCAUGGCACACUUUGCAUCAUGAGAAACUGUGGUCCGGAUUGAUUAAACACCUUUGCACCUUUUAAACAUCAGUGUAUAGAAACGUAUUAUGCCUGACGUGUAGAACAUGACUCGGAUGGUUCGAAACACAGUGACAUAUAUUUAGAAAUGAUUUUCAAAUAUGUAUUUGAUAAGAAAAACAUGAGACUUUUUUUUUUUUAAGGAGUUUGAUUUACUUAUAAUUUGACAAGCAUUCAUAUGAACGUAGUAAAAGUAUGUUGUUAUUUGAUUAGAAUUUGAUAGUACGCUGUGUAUUUCCACAAAACGUCCGCUACUUUGUUGUUGUUGAGUGUUACCAUUAAAAAUAACAAUUCUGUUUUUCUUUCAACUAUCAACGCCACUAGUAUGAGCACCUUUAUUAAGUUGACGCGUUGGUUAAAUGUUUUUUCACCGAAACUUUUUUUGUUCUAGACUCGUGUAUGAAGUCCUUUACUUGUGUUAUUGUGAAGGUAUUUAUGGUGUAAUCACUGGAAUGGAUUGCACCUGUAUUUAUGUUUGUAUUGAAAGAUUGUACAAGAU